AUGGUAGAGCUCCUCUCCCUCGUCCUAGCCGUCUUGCUCGGCUUUGGCUGGGCAACAGCUGCUGUUCCCCACGCCAUCAGACCUUACCAGACUAGCACAGCGCCUGUCAUCGACUACAAUGUCUCCCCCAUACCCAUCAGCUCUCACAAGGAUUAUGCACAGGUCUACCAGGGGCGCAGCGUCAAGAGGGCCAAGCUCAUCGUCGAGGACGGAGAGGUGACCAUUGCCGGAGUCACCACACCUGCUGCCCUCGUCAAUGGCACUAUGCCUGGACCGACGCUGAGGUUCACAGCUGGUGAUGUCGUCAUUGUCAACGUGACCAAUCUGAUGCAAAACAGGAAUACAACGAUGCAUUGGCACGGCGUCAGCCAGAGGCAGACACCCCGAGCCGAUGGGACUUUGAUGUCACAGUGGCCUAUUGCACCCGGCAAAUGGUUCGAGUACGAGAUGCAUCUCACAACGGAAGACAUCGGCACCCGCUUUUACCACUCCCAUGUCGGCUCGCAGGCCAACACAGUCGGAGGAGCCUUCAUCGUAGACGAGCCUGCUGGUAACCCUUACAACUGGGAUGAAGAACGCAUCCUUGAUGUCCUAGACUGGUGGCACAAGCCAGACGAGGAAAUGACGAAGGGCCUCCUGGCUGAGAAUUUCAAGUGGAUCGGGUCGCCCAACAUGACCUUGGUGAAUGGCAAGGGGCUCACUGCUGACCUCAAAGGAGAGCCAUAUUACGUUGAUGUAGACUAUGAGAAGAAGUACUUUGUAAGGUGGAUCGGGGGUCAAGGGCUGCAAUACUACUCGAUCGGCUUCUUGAACCACACACCCUCAAUGAUCGAAGUAGAUGCAACAUGGAUCAAGGAGUACAAAGGCGACUCCGUCAUCGAGCUCGGCCCAGGCAAUAGAAUCGGUCAGCUUCUGCGCACCAAGAGCGAAGAUCAAGUGAAGAAAGAUGGGCUCUCUGGCUGCUAUGGUAUCCGUCUCGAGUCGGGGUGGAGGAAGCCACCGACCAAUGGCUGGGCCGUACUGCGCUACCCAGGUGGAUGUCCAGGAGGGUUUACACCGCCCAAUGCGAACAAUUCCAUCUCCCUGCUGAGAGAGGAACAGUUCGGCUGGAUCACCAGCGAGCUGCAGCCCUUGAGAGACUACAGGGUCCUGCGUGACGACGAGGUCAGCCAUACCUACAUCGUCGACGCUCAUCAAGUGAAGCUGCCCACCAUGACGCCCAAUGCUACAGGAAAGUUCCGCUGGAAGGGAGCCGAAGACUAUACGUACGUAGAAUCCUUCCCCAAGAUCCCGUACAUGAUCCAACUCUACGGCGGGCUCAGGGACAGACCUUCCUACGAACGCGCAAUGCACCCACCUGCUGGCAUUCAGAAAGGGUACGACAGCGUCUCGCAGACGUUCGUCGCUCGCUCUUCAUCGGUCAUCGAUGUGGUGAUCCUGAACAACUCCUCCUUCGUGUCAAACAACACCGAAGUGCACGUCUGGCAUUUCCACUCUUCCAAAUUCCAACACGUCGCUUCUGGAGAAGGGGACUACUCGGCUGAAGCGCUGCGCAAGGCUAGAGAGGAAAAGGGAUGGAAGACGCCCCUACCGAGCGAUAUGAUCACCGUUUGGCCAGGGACUGGAGCGGGCUUCUACAACAAGACGAUCCCGCAGGGAACCUCUGGCAGCUGGAGUCUAUUCCGAUAUGAGGUCAGGGCGGACCAGAGUGGGAUUUGGCCGCUGCACUGCCACAUGGUGCCCCACUUAGUCAUGGGCAUGGCAACGAUCAUCGCCAUCGACCCGGAGCGCAUCACCCCCACGCUCACCUUCUACGACGAUCCCAACUACCUCUUGUUUGGACGCAACGUAAAGGCGCCUUAUACGCGCAUGGUAGAGCGGGCCAAUGCGCGAGGGAAGGGAGAGUACGAGGGGAGGGGCAAGGAUGCACAGGAUGAUGGAAGACAGAUUAAUGGUCAGGGAGAGGAGGAGCCGCACUGA